UAUGCACCGUAACGCUCACGGACACCUGUCCACGACUCACAGACUUGCUGCUAGGAACGUCGGGGCGUCUCUGCGCUGAGUACGCACGACGUAGGCUGUUAUGUCGCGUCCAGCCAAGAUCACGCUAGUCAGCGCCCUUUGUGCAUCUGCCUUUGUCAUUUGGGGAGUGCACUUCCUUCAGAUCCGCGAGCGCGAGACGAUGUUCCAAGGAGUGCUGCGCGACGACGAGCGUAGACGAGAGAAGACACGUCAAAGGGAACUGGAUCUGCAGGAGUCCCAUCGGAAACGGGAGAUCUACGAGCGCGUCCAGAGUGUGUCGAACCACCCUUCCUCUUCACCGCCGGGCCACGCACCCUCACCGUCUGAAUAGACAUAUGUGUCUGAUCUUCUGUGCCCUAUCCGGCAGCGAGGUCCUCACUUCACAACGCUGUGCGUUCCACGUUUGAUGCCACUUAGCACGUCUUCCGGUCACAGUGCGUACCAGCUACUAAACCUCCUUACUCCGUACCUCAUGUAGGAGACCGGUGUAACGAAGUCAAGAGCCGGCGCUCAGAACGCCCGAACUUC